CUGCGACCCGCCCGUGAACUCUCGACACGACAGCAGGUUCACUGUGCACAGAGCAGGUCCCUUCCCGUGUCGGAAACGAGGAAGGGGAAGAGACCCAUUUCGUUUCAUCGUCAAAUUUUCAUCCUCCGUCUUCUCCAUCCGUGAAUUGUGAGAGAGAGAGACAGACCCAUUUCAUCUUCAAGGUUCAUCCUUCAUCUUCUCCGUUGUUGGGUCGGAGGAGAGAGAGAGAGAUGACUCUGGGACUGAUCAAUGCGAACCCGGUGGUUCACGCCAAGAAGGAGAGGGUGGCUCGGACGGAAGACCCGCACGCCGACGACGCCGUCGAUCCCCUCGAGAUUUAUGAUCAUGUGAGGGACAUCCGAGAUCCGGAGCAUCCCUAUUCUCUGGAGCAGCUCAGUGUUCUGUCGGAGGAGUCCAUCACCGUCGACGAGAAACUUGGGCGUAUCCUAAUCAUGUUUACUCCGACAAUCCAGCAUUGCAGUAUGGUGACUGUCAUUGGACUGUGCUUGAGAGAGAAGCUCAAAGAUUGUUUCCCUCCACAUUUCAAGGUUGACAUCAAAGUUGCCCCAGGGUCUCAUGCAGACGAAGAAUCAGUGAAUAAGCAGUUGAACGAUAAGGAAAGAGUCGCGGCUGCCCUGGAGAAUCCUAACCUUCGCCAACUCGUGGAUGAAUGCCUCUACUCCAGUGAACUUUAACCAAGCAUGCCAUGGUUGCCGUAGAACCAUAGUGUACAUAGAGAAGUUGGUGGUGAGUGGUUGAAAUAUUGGUGAACCGAACUUUUUGGUUGUACAAUCUGCUUAAUCUGCUAAUCCUACUGUAUCAAACCCGAGCAUCCUCUUUUGGGAAUACAGUGUGUAGUAUGUACUUCUAAGUCUCUGUAUUUUGGGUUUACUCCAUGAACACGUCUCUGUCUCCUCGUCUUAGCUUGUUUUGUUCUGCUGAAUUAAACAAUAUUCUGAAAUGGUUACUUAAAAGUGCAAAUCGCUA